GCUGUUUCCAUUCCAACCCGUACCGCAGCUGAUGAUUCGUGGCUGUCGUGUUUUGGUCUCUGCUAACGCCGGAGUCUGAAGAUGACAGCGAGAAAGUCUGGGUCACGACUCGAGACCGAGAUAGAACGGUGCCGUUCGGAAGGGCAAUGGGACAAGAUACCAGAGCUCGUACGGCAGCUGUCUGCUAAACUAAUAUCAAACGAUGACCUGGGGGAGCUGCUGCUGGGGGAGGCCAAGCUCCAGCAGUACAUCAAGGAGAACCCCAUCAAGCAGGGGGCCAGCCCCAGGGGCCCAAGACCCAGGCUAGUGGAGGUCCACAAACACCUGACCGCUGCCCUGGACCGAGGGAACCUCAAGCCGGACUACAUGCAAGAGGCCAGCAUGUUAAUGGCCAAGCUGUCCUACGUGGAGGGAGACUACAGUGAAGCCAUCAACCAGUAUGGCAAAGUGACCCUGGACGAGCUGGCGCUGGUGGGAGCCCCUGUCUACCGUCUCUCCAUGAUCGCCGAGGCAUACGCUACCAAAGGUCUGUGUCUAGAGAAAGUCCCGGCUGCGUCUCCGUCCCUGUCCAAUCGUAACGUGGACAAAGACCAAGAAGUGAUUACCUGCUAUGAGAAGUCUGGAGACAUCGCCCUGCUCUACCUACAGGAAGUAGAGAAGGCCCUCAGUGCGGGGAUGCAGAACCGCAGUCCAAAGCCAGGCCCAGUGGCACAGGAACAGGAGCUGGGAUACUUCCUGGAGACUGGACUUCAGAGGGCACAUGUCAUCCACUUCAAAAACGGUAACCUGACCCGGGGAGUGGGCCGCUUCCGGGAGAUCCUCCGAGCUGUAGAGACCAGGACCACACAGAACUUAAGAAUGACCAUAGCGCGACAGCUAGCAGAGAUCCUGCUGAGGGGGAUGUGUGAGCAGAGCUACUGGAGUCCUCUGGAGGACCCUCCCAGCCAGUCCCCCCUGGAUGACCCCCUACUACGCCAGGGAGCCCCCUACACCAAGGACUACGCACUCAGCCGCCGGCCACGUGUCUACUCCGGAGAGAAUCUGUUUUGUCCACAGGAAAACACAGAAGAGGCUCUGCUCCUGUUGCUGAUCAGUGAAUCUAUGGCCAACAGAGAUGCGGUGCUGAGCAGGAUUCCAGAGCACAACAGCGACCGCAUCAUCAGCCUGCAGAGUGCCUCUGUGGUCUACGACCUACUGACCAUCGCCCUAGGCCGACGGGGACAGUACGAGAUGCUCUCUGAGUGUCUUGAGAGGGCCAUGAAGUUUGCCUUUGAGGAGUUCCAUCUCUGGUACCAGCUGGCCCUUUCACUGAUGGCUGCUGGGAAGUCGGCCCGAGCGGUAAAGGUACUGAAGGAGUGUAUCCGUCUGAAGCCCGACGACCCAACCAUUCCCCUGCUAGCCGUCAAGCUGUGCAUCGGAGCACUCCAUUGGCUGGAGGAAGGAGAGUGUUUUGCUAAGAUGGUGGUGGAUAUGGGGGAGAAGGCCUCAGAGUUCCGAGCUAAAGGUUACCUAGCCAUCGGCCUGGUGUACAGCCUCAAGGCUACAGACGCGUCCCUACGGGGGAUGCAGGAGGAGUAUCAGAGGAAGGCCCUGGGUGCAUUCCAGAGAGCCCAGAGCUUGUCCCCCACAGACCACCUGGCUGCCUUCUACCUGGCCCUGCAGCUGGCUGUGUCACGGCAGAUCCCGGAGGCACUGGGGUACGUGCGUCAGGCUCUGCAGCUGCAGGGAGACGACGUGCACUCUCUCCACCUGCUGGCCCUGCUGCUAUCGGCCCAGAAACACUACCACGACGCUCUCAACAUCAUCGAGAUGGCGCUCAGCGAGUACCCAGAAAGCUUCAUCCUGUUGUUCACCAAGGUGAAGCUGGAGACGUUGUGUCGAGGACCUGAGGAGGCUCUGCUCACCUGCAAACACAUGCUGCAGAUCUGGAAGUCCUGUUACAACCUAACCAACCCCAGUGAUUCAGGUCGAGGGAGCAGCCUGUUGGACAGAGCCAUAGCAGACCGAAGGACGCUCAAUGCCAUGACGCUGCCUGACUUCAGUGAUCCAGAGACGGGCAGCCCUCCAGAUGCUAACUUUCAUCAGUAUCAUGGUUUUUACUCCAUGUUUUCAGUUUGCUCGGUCCACGCCACAUCCAUGGCGGCGUCGCGGGUGGAACAGGCCCUGUCAGAGGUGGCCUCCUCCAUGCAGAGCAGUGCCCCCAAACAUGGACCCCUACACCCCUGGAUGACUCUGGCUCAGAUCUGGCUCCACGCAGCGGAGGUGUACAUUGGCAUGGGCAAGCCUGCGGAGGCGACGGCCUGCACCCAGGAGGCUGCCAACCUGUUCCCCAUGUCCCACAACGUGCUGUUUAUGCGGGGCCAGGUGGCUGAGCUGCGGGGCAACGUGGACGAGGCCAAACGCUGGUACGAGGAGGCCCUCUCCAUCAGCCCCACCCACGUCAAGACCAUGCAGAGACUGGGUCUGAUCCUGCACCAGCUGCAGCGGUACAGCCUGGCAGAGAAGAUCCUUCGGGAUGCGGUGCAGGUGAACUCGACGGCCCACGACGUGUGGAACAGCCUGGGGGAGGUGCUGCAGGCUCAGGGCAACGCUGCUGCCGCUACAGAGUGUUUCCUCACCGCCCUGGAGCUAGAGGCCUCCAGCCCCAUACUCCCCUUCACCAUCAUACCACGACAACUCUGACCUGGGAGAGAGAGGCGUGUGCGCGCGCACACACACACACACACACACACACACA